CCGCGCUGUCUCCUUUUCCUGUUUCCGGUUGGCCAGGGAGUCUCCUGUCCUCGCGGCUUCUGGUUGUGGAGUCGCCGUUGGAGCCGGCGAGGCAGCGCGAGGAGGGGGUUUCCCCAAUUGGAUGGUAGAAAAGAUGUUUGAUAUCAAAGCGUGGGCUGAAUAUGUUGUGGAAUGGGCUGCGAAGGACCCCUAUGGCUUUCUUACCACUGUGAUCUUGGCCCUUACACCAUUGUUCCUAGCAAGUGCAGUGCUAUCAUGGAAACUGGCAAAAAUGAUUGAGGCCAGAGAGCGAGAGCAAAAGAAGAAACAGAAACGCCAGGAAAAUAUUGCAAAAGCCAAACGAACAAAGAGGGAUUAAGCGAGGCAAAAUGCCUUCCUUGUGCAAAUAAGAGCUUUUGUUGAAGCAUUCUUGUACACUUAUAUCUUUGUGUGGUGUUGUCUUCCUCCAACAAUCUUCUUGAAGUGACAUUUCAACUGAAAUGUUCUGCUUAAACAAUUUGUGGUGAAAUCUCUGUCUAAUCUGCAAUGGCAUUUGAUGUGUAUAUUUCAACCAGAUAUCACUUUCCAAUGAGUUUACUUUUGUAUGUUUACUUGCCAUACACUAAAAUGAAUGCACCGGUGGCGGGGAGGGGCUUGUUUUUUUAAAUUGGAACUGCUUUAGCAAUUGUUCAAACAUGUCAAUAUUAAAUUAUGGAAGAAAAAAUUAAAAUGUCUGACUUUCUAAAAAUACUGCAAUCAUUGGUUUUCUAGAAGCUUAGAAACUUUGUUUUUAUACAGCCUUUUUUUCUACUGUUGAUUUGUAUUCAUUAUAGUACUUUUUUUUUUUUCUUUCCCUGGUUUCAACUUGGCCCUGGAAUAGCAGUCCUUGUUUCUGCAACAGUUUUCAGCUUUGUGCUUUCAGGAGUUUGUUUUAUUAUAUGAACAGUGUUAGCAUUUCAUAUUAACUCAACUAAAUUCUUCAUGAGUGGCUCUCAAAAUCAGCUUCCUGGACUAUCAGUAGCCGACUGAGCCUCUUUUGGAUAGUUCACAGAAGGAAACUUUUUACAACCAAGCAGUAGGCAAAUGACUUCAUUUUCACAAUAUCCCAAUGUGAACAGCUCUUGCCUACAAUAUGCUUCACAAAAAUGAAUGUGGAGAUCCAUUUGGCAAAUAACUAAAUAUCAUUCUAGGUUUAGGUGAUGACAACAGUAACUCUAGAGCAGCAGACGAACUGCUUUGGAUAUUACCAGCUUUGAAAGGAUGGCUUAAUGAAAAGAAACAAAAGCUGCAUGUGAUUCUAGUGCUGUAAACAUUGCAAAGUAAGUUGAAGCCAAGGCUAACAGAUUUAAUUUAUUCAGAUUUUUCUGUCCAAAGAAUAAUAGUAAAAGUGAAAAAUGGGUAGUUUAAUGUGCUUUAGCAAAUCUUAAUUUUUAUUACUACUAUAGUUCCAAUGGGUCUGAUCCUGUAGUAGCAAUCAAGUUUUAGACCCUGUUCCAAUAACAUGUCUCUUAACCAGAGCAAAUAGAGUUGUGGUUUGUCAUACUGGAUUCUCAUGCCUAGCUCUUCACUUAGUAUGUAAAGGAUAAACCCCUAUGAAAGCAGAUGCUCUCUAUUAUUGAAAGGUGGAAGUGAAUAGGAGAUGAUACAUACCAAUACAAAUAAACAAGUUUUGUUAAAUCAAUCUUGGGCCUCGUCUACACUGGCAAUUUACAGCGCUGCAACUUUCUUGUGCGGGGGUGUGAAAAAACAACCCCCUGAGCACAGCAAGUUUCAGUGCUGUAAAGCACCAAUGUAGACAGUGCACGAGCACUGGGAGCCAUGCCCUCAGAGGUGGGUUGUAUGUGGGGUUUUUUUUAGCGCUGGGAGAGCUCUCAGCACUGCGCUGUGACUACAUACAAGGCAUGUUAAUAGUUGCCAGUGUAGACUAGCCCUUAGGUAAGAGUUAGAUGUGAAACAUUGAGGUGUAAUAGUUGGCUUUCUUCUGAGUCAAGUAUCAGAGGGGUAGCCGUGUUAGUCUGAAUCUGUAAAAAGCAACAGAGGGUCCUAUGGCACCUUUAAGACUAACAGAAGUAUUGGAGCAUAAGCUUUCAUGGGUGAAUGCCCACUUCAUCAGACGCAAGUUUUCUUCUGAGUGUUGCUCAAGACAAGUAUUGUUAGAAUGUAAAGCGUGUUCUCGCCUUUUUAUGAUCUACUGGAUUAAGUCUUCAGUGUUUGUCUUCAAUAUGGUUACACCUUGGUAUUUAUACAGUUUUGAUAGUUUUAAAAUGGAACAGACUCAAAACUAACUACAUUACAUAAAUAAAUUUGAUACUUUUUUUAAAAUGUU